AAAAAACCCAUACGUCUGGUGUUGGCCUACGCCGGGGUAGACUUUGUGGACAAACGGUACGAAUCUUCGGAACGGGACGUAUGGCUAUCAGACAAACCUAACUUAGGGCUCGACUUCCCUAACCUUCCCUAUUAUAUGGACGGCGACACAAAAAUGAGUCAAUACAUGGCUAUAUUGAGACACGUGGCCCGCAAGCAUGGACUGAUGGCCAGAGAUGGCAAGGAACUGGACCUUCAAGAAAUGGUAGCCGAACAGAUCACUGAUAUUAGACUGAGAUUUGUUUUUAUGGUGGUGUAUGGUCCUACUGACCCUGAUCAGGUUAAACAGGGUUACAUCACGGGCACUCUGGUACCUGAAUUGGAUGAGCUGGUUAAGUUUAUGGGUGCUAAACAGUGGUUGACUGGGAAGUUAUCAUACUAUUUGGCGCGGUUUGAAGCACUUCCAGCUAUUAAAACCUACCAGAGAUCGAGUCAAUACAUACAGUGGCCGGUAGUCAUACCCAUAGCCAAAUGGUGCCGGGCGGUAUGGCUAUCAGACAAACCUAACUUAGGGCUCGACUUCCCAAACAUUCCCUAUUAUAUGGACGGUGACCUAAAAAUAAGUCAAUCUAUGGCUAUAUUGAAAUACUUGGCCCGAAAGCAUGGACUGGUGGCCAGGGAUGACAGGGAACUCAUAAAGCAAGAGAUAGUUGCCGAGCAACUGAGCGAUAUUAGGAUGAGAUUUAUUAUGGGAGUUGUAUUUAGUCCUAAAGAUCUGGCUGAUGUUAAGGACGGGUAUAUCACUGGUUCCCUUAUUCCCCAAUUGGAUGAGCUGGUUAAAUUUUUGGGUAAUAAACAGUGGUUAACUACAAAGUUAUCGUACGUAGACUUUAUUGCCUAUGAGAUACUGGACUGGUUUAGACUGUUUACACCGGAAACUAUAGCUAAGUAUCCAGUGAUUGGC